CCUCAGAAGUUGAGUAUGGCGACGGUGACGGGGGGGCAGGACGGGCACCACCGAGCGCUGGGAUGGUCUCUGCUGCUGCUCUUGGGGCUCACCGGCCCUGCGGCGACGCUGGCCGGCUACAUCGAGGCACUUGCUGCCAAUGCGGGCACAGGAUUUGCUGUGGCUGAGCCUCAGAUUGCCAUGUUCUGUGGAAAGCUUAAUAUGCAUGUCAAUAUCCAGACUGGAAAAUGGGAACCUGAUACUUUUGGGACAAAGAGCUGUUUUGAAAGGAAAGAAGAGAUUCUGCAGUACUGCCAGGAGAUUUAUCCAGAGCUUCAGAUUACAAAUGUGGUGGAAGCCAAUGAGCCAGUCAGCAUUGAAAACUGGUGUAAAACAGGCAAGAAGCAGUGCAAAGGCCACACCCACAUUGUUGUUCCCUUUAAGUGUCUUGUGGGUGAGUUUGUCAGUGAUGUCCUCUUGGUUCCAGAAAAGUGCCGAUUCUUCCACAGGGAGCGGAUGGAUGUGUGUAAAAGUCACCAGUACUGGCACACUAUAUCAAAAGAGGCCUGUUUGACUGAGGGGAUGAUCCUGCACAGCUAUGGCAUGCUGCUUCCUUGUGGAGUAGACCAGUUCCAUGGCACAGAGUAUGUGUGCUGCCCUCAGGCCAAAAUUGUUGAUGAAGCUCUUUCCAAGGAAGAGGAAGAAGAGGAGGAGGAGGAAGAGGAGGAGGAGGACGAAGACUAUGAUAGUUACAAAAGUGAGUUCCCCACUGAGGCAAAUACAGAAGAGUUCACAGCGGCAAUAGCAACAAUGGAUGAUGAAGAGGAGGAACAGGAAGAAGAUGAGGAAGAAGUGGUGGUAGAUCGAGAUUACUAUUACGAUGGCUAUAAAGAUUACAAUGAAGAGCCUCCGACAGAACCAAGCAACGAGAAAUCGCUUGCUGAGAAGGAGAUAAUGAGUGAUGUGAAAGCUGUCUGCUCCCAGGAGGCGAUGACAGGUCCCUGCCGGUCUGUGAUGCCUCGUUGGUACUUCGACAUGUACAAGAAAAAGUGCAUUCGCUUUAUAUAUGGAGGCUGCGGAGGAAACAGGAACAAUUUUGAGUCAGAGGACUAUUGUAUGGCUGUGUGUAAAAAGAUGAUUCCUCCUACUCCUGUGCCUACUGAUGAUGUGGAUGUCUACUUUGAAACACCAGCUGACGACAAUGAGCAUGCCCGUUUCCAGAAAGCAAAAGAACAGCUAGAGGUUCGACAUCACAACCGCAUGGAUCGGGUGAAGAAGGAAUGGGAAGAAGCAGAGCGCCAGGCUAAGAAUCUCCCGAAGGCUGAGAGGCAAACUCUCAUGCAGCGAUUCCAGGCAAUGGCGAAAUCUCUAGAGAAGGAAGCAGCCAGUGAGAAGCAGCAGCUCGUGGAGACUCAUCUCGCUCGUGUGGAAGCCAUGCUGGAUGACCGCCGUCGCAUUGCCCUGGAAAAUUACCUAGUUGCUCUGCAGACUGAUUCUCCGCGGCCUCACCGUAUCCUGCAAGCCCUGAAGCGUUACGUCCGGGCAGAGAACAAAGACCGCCUGCACACGAUCCGCCAUUACCAGCAUGUUUUGGCUGUUGAUCCAGAAAAGGCAGCGCAGAUGAAAUCGCAGGUAAUGACGCAUCUCCAUGUGAUUGAAGAGAGAAUGAAUCAAAGUCUGUCCCUGCUCUACAAGGUACCUUAUGUGGCAGAAGAAAUCCAAAGUGAGAUUGAUGAGCUCCUUCAAGAGCAGCGGGCUGACAUGGACCAGUUUACAUCUUCCAUCUCCGAAUCCCCCGUGGACGUCCAUGUGAGCUCCGAAGAGAGUGAAGAGUCUCCCCUUUUUGAUGGCAAGCCCUUCCGCCCAUUCCAGGUGAAAACUUUCCCAGCCUCAUUGGAAAAUGAAGAUUCUCAGCCGGAUUUGUACCAUCCAGUGAAAAAAGGAUCUGGCAUGGCUGACCUGGAUGGACUGAUUGGGGCAGAAGAGAAAGUAAUCAACAGCAAGAACAAGCUGGACGAGAAUGUGGUAAUUGAUGAAACCCUUGAUGUGAAGGAAAUGAUUUUCAAUCCUGAGCGAGUCGGUGGACUGGUGGAUGAGCCGGAAAGCGACAAUGCGCUCCGUGACGACUUCAGCUUCAGCAGCAGCGCUCUCAUUGGUCUCCUGGUGAUCGCUGUUGCCAUAGCCACAGUCAUCGUCAUCAGCUUGGUGAUGCUGAGGAAGAGGCAGUAUGGAACCAUCAGCCAUGGGAUCGUAGAGGUUGACCCGAUGCUCACGCCAGAAGAGCGGCAUCUGAAUAAGAUGCAAAACCAUGGAUAUGAGAAUCCAACUUACAAAUACUUGGAGCAGAUGCAGAUUUAAAAGUUGUUGAAACUACCACAGCCCUGACAAGCAAAGGAUCAGGGUAGGAAGGGCCAAAAAUGGUCCAGUAUUUUGGAUCAGCUGUUGACCAACUUUUGCUUGAAGAGGACUUCAUAUUACAUUCAGAACUCCUGGAUCAUUUAAGACUUAAUUACUACUGUAGAGUUGCAAAUUCCAUUCUUUUAAAUGGGUGAGGAAAUGAUAAUAUAACAAUAUAUGAUAUAUAAACCUUAAAUGGGAAAAUGGAUCUAUUGCAGAUAUUUGAGAUGUAGUUUUUUUUUCUUUUUUUAAGAAACUUAAUCUAAUGAGAGAAAAUCCCAGUGCUGUCGUAUUGUCUGAUAACAAACUCUCUGUAUAAAUGAGAAAUGUUGUUUUAUUUCUGAUACACCACUUGUAUAUUCAAGGUCAUGUACCAACCGCAUUGUAUAAACAAGACAUUUGUGGCUCUUUG